AUGAGUCAGUACCUGAGGAAAUUUCUGAAACCCUCCCUCCUCCCCCUUGUCAGUUGGACAGAGUGGGAAUUCCCCAGUCACCUGACCACUUCUGCCCUCCUCCUCUCCACCCCUGCACCUCCCUCCUUCAGGUUCUGUAAACCUCCAGCUCCUUGGGGUAUUUUGCUCUCAUCAUCUGCCUCACCACCAAGGCAGACGUUUCCAGCAUCUCUGCCCUCUGAGCUCCAAGGACCUCUCCAGGGAGGUUCUCCCAUGACUUCCAGGAAUCCUGGCAGGAAGGCAGAAGGCGACAGUGCCCCCGUCCAGACUGAAUCCCUCUCCUUCCACCCACACGCCAAGGGCUCCCAGAUCCGUCUAGACGAGCUCCACUGCACGGCCUGGAGGGCCGCCACCUUCCACGACGGCAUCGUUUUCACGAACCGGCCCGUGCGCCCCGGGGAGAGGGUGGCCCUGCAGCUGCUCGUGCUGGAAGAGUGCUGGCACGGGGGGCUGCGGGUGGGCUUCACUCAACUGGACCCCUCCCGUAUCUGCCCCGGGAGCCUGCCCCCCUACGUCUGCCCCGACCUGGUGGAGAAGCAGCCCGUCUGGGCGGCCGUCCUGCCGGACUUGGGGGAGAAUCCGGGGGACGUCAUCACUUUCUGGGUGGACCACCGGGGCCGCCUCUUCUGGACCGGUGACAGGGGAGAGCCAAGGUUGCUGCUUCGGGGGGUGCCGGCCGCCUCCCCUCUCUGGGCCGUGGUGGACAUCUACGGGAGGGCCAAGGCUGUGCGGUUACUUGAUCCGGCAAUGGCCUGGCCCAGCUCCAGCUCCUGUCCCAGCCCCAGGCCCAGCCUUACCCUCAGCCCCCUGCCCUGGAGUCCAGCUGGAAGUAGUGGGCUCUGCUCUUGCAGCCCAGCGCGAGACUCAGAGGAGGAGUGUUCCAUCUGCUACCAGCACACUGGGAAUGCCCGCCUCCUUCCCUGCGGACACUCGCACAUCUGCUCCUGCUGCGCCCUGCGGAUCCUCAGAGACACCGCCGCCUGCCCCAUGUGCCGUGGACUGGUCCAGACCUUCGUCCGCACCCUGGGGGCCCCGAGGGUGACCGGCUAG